AAGAGAUCAGUGUUUGUUUGUCAGUAUGCUUCCGGGGUAGAAAGGGCGAUGGAUUCAAGCUUCUGCUUAUUGUCUGACUGUGCCACAGAAGCAGCAGGAUUAGGAAUGGGUUUGCAUUAUAGAGGUCAACUGUGAGACCUCCAGCUCCUGCCUGAUGUAGCUCAGCUCACCUAUUCACACACCUCUUCCUGUGUGACAGAGCUGGAGAGGGACCAAGAAUGAGCAGAGCUGGAUGGUCUUCAAGGUCCCUUCCAACCUAAGCCACUCUGUGAUUCUAUGGCCUGCUCCCCCAUGGACUUUGAAGGCUGUUGGGUCAGGUCCUGCAGGAAUCCUGUUUCUCACAUACAGGCCCAGAGGCCAGAAUCAGACCUCUGGCUUCUGUACAGAAUGCUGUUAGAGUACAGGUGAAGAGUCACUGAGCAACAAAAGAAACUUUAAACAGUGGGGACUGGGAGGUGAGAGAAGGGGCUCCCCAGAGCUCACGGUGCAGGAGAUAGUUGUAAGGGUGGGUAAGGAUGAGAAAGGGACUUAUCUUGAGUCAACGACUGUGAUUUAGUAUAUGCAAUGGAUGAAUUUUGUCUUUUCAGACAGAUCUAAAUUCAGGGUGCCUGUUAUUGCCAUCUGAAGGACUCUAAGUGGGAGCUCUGUGGAAGGCCUGUGGGUUGCAGUGCCCUUCUAAUGGCUGCUUCCAUUCAUGUCUGGUUUGCACCCGUAGCUUCCUUACAAGCCAAGGUCAAAGGCUUGGCCAAAGGUUGUGUGACUGUGAGGGUCCUGGUGGGCACCAAGGUGGGCAGCAGGGUGCUCAAGCUUGCUUCUGUCCAUCUUCGGUCCCUGAGCUCCCCAGCUCCAUCUCUGCUGUGCCUGGGCUGGUGGCAGUGGUGCCCUCGGAGCGCUGCCCUGCUGGGGGGCCGGAGGCCGGCUCUGUAAUGGAUCCUCACCAGGUGGUUACCGUUUAGAGGCUUUGAUCUCCUGCUGCUUCAUUUUUUUUCCAGCCCCUCGAUUGAAUUUCUCUCAUGUAACCGAGCUCCACUGAUAUAUUCUGGCCAUAUAUAAUGGAUGGAGGUUGAGUGAGGAAACAAAAACAGCGCUGAAUGUCGGGAGCAGCCAUGCGGGUCCUGCAGUCGGACCCCCUCCCUGCCACUGCCCCACAGGUGUGUGCAGUUGGGCACAGGGUGCCUGCACUCACAUCCAGCCCUGAGCCGCCCUUGGAUUGUGCAUCGCUUGACCUGGAGGUUGGUGCAGUGGAUACGUCAGGACGGUGGGUGCCGGGCUCCAUCCCUCCUCCAUCUCCACAUCAUCCUAUUGAUCCUAAAGCCCAUCAAGGCUGUGCCAGCACUGCUGUAUCGGCCGCAUCUUUGGCUCCUGCAAGGCGGGUGGUGAGCCGGCGGCCGAUGCCGGCCAGCACAUUUGCUUCACUAAUGAGGCUCCUUCUUUUCAAGGGCUUUGAGAUAACAACCUGCGGUGUGAGCAGCAGCACUGGGAUCCAGUUGCUUGUUUUUUGCCCAGGACGGGGUGCGGGCAGCACAGUGCUCCCGGCUCCAUGUUCCUGGGGGGCCACCCUGCCCCCCAUUCUCCCCGGCUCCGUGCAGGUGAGAAGCACCCCGCUCUGCUGGACGGGCACCCUGGGAUGAGCCUGCACCGCUGAGCCCCAUCUCCUGCUGCAGCCCUGUGAGCACUGCCUGUGGCAGCGAGCCCCGAGCUGCUGUCCCUGCAGUUCAGCCCGAGGCAGGCAUGGGAACACUGCUGCUGGCACCCGCCCAAGCGGAUCAGGAAAGUGUCUGCAGUGGGGCCACUGCUGGGCAGGUGAGAAGGUAGCCAGGAAAGGUCUUGCCCAGCCUCCUGCACCUCAGCCAUGUGCAGGGUCAGGCUGGGUUGCAAAGCCUGGACAUGCAGAAAUGCAGAGCUGCUGCUGGGGUGGGGCUGUGCUGCUCUGCAAAGAGCCCUCCUGGGCACAGCAGUGCUGUACACCAUCGCAGCUACCCCAGGCCCAGCUCCCCUUCUCUGCACUCCCCAGGGCUGCCAGUGAGGGUGUCUGCUGUGCCCAGGAGCAGAGCACCCAGCCAGGGCCAUGCUGCAGUGUGAGCUGCAGGAGCUGCAGGUCCUCCCUGCGGGUGGAUAGACACCAGGAGCACAGGGCUGUGUCAACAGAUGCGCUCACAGCUUUUCCUGGUUCUCCUCAUCUAGCUGUCCCAGACACGAGGGUGAUGCAGCCCAACGAGCCACCGCUGCCUGAGCUGAAGCUCCGCAGACCCGUACAGCGGGGCAGGAUCCCGGCGCCCUUCAUGGACCCGGUACGUCACCGCACCGCUCCGCCAUCCCGUGCUCGUGUCCCUGCCCUUCCCCUUUGCACCAGGCAGGCCCGGGGGAACCGUGCUGCUGCACAGGGCACGGCAGCGGAGCCGGCAGCACCCUGGAAAGACCCCCACGGCACCACCGCAGUGGACCCUCUGGAUGUGGACGCCUUGGUGCCCACGCAUGACGAGCGGGGCCGCGCCAUCCCUGAGUGGAAGCGGCAGGUGAUGGUGCGGCGGCUGCGAGCACGGCUGGCGGAUGAGGUGCCCGUGUGUGAUCAGGUAGGGCCGGGCUGUGGGUGGGACACAGCUGGAUCCCACGUGUCUCUGCAUCCUGAUGGCUUCCUGCCGCAGGAGCCGGGCGCCUGGCGUUUCUCACCGUCCCACGAGGCCGUGCUGGGCCCAUUUGGUGAGCUGCUGACCGAGGCUGACCUACAACAGCUGGAGAGGGCGGUGGAGAGCCUGCGGCUGCGGCGCCGUGGAGAGGCCUACCAGGACGAGCUGCAACGCCUGGCGCAAGAGCUGCGCACCUUGCUGCCCUCCCCGCUGCUCAGCAUCACCGUUCACAGCCCUCCUCCCGCCCCAGGGCAGCCCUUACCGCUUUGGUGCGGCCGCCUGGCCGGUGUGGUAGGCAGCCUGGAAGCGCUGUUGGCCAAGGCCGAGGGGGCUCGUGGCAGCCCCGUGCCUGCCCCGCCGCCCGCACCGCUCCCUGCAGCCCCGCGGACGCCGUCGGGCAGCGUGGCACAGCGGGAGAUCCGGCAGUGCGGGGUGAGCGUGAGCAGCCUGCGCGGGGCCUUCGAGCGGCACGGCGGCGGGGAGAGCGAGACCGCAGCGGUGGUGGAGGCCGCCAGCGACUCGGGGAUCAGCUGCGAGGAAGCGCCGUCGGAAGGCAGCGGCUCACCGGUGCCCGAGUCAGCCGGCCUGCGCAAGGAGCGCAUCGUGCUGCUCUUCCUCAGCCAUUGGAAGCGCUCGGCCGGAGGCCUCAACGCUUGGGCUGCGGCGUGCCGGGCGCUGCAGGCUCAGAGGGAGAGAGCGGGCGCUCCGGGCGAGGAGCAGGCGGGCAGGAGGGGCCGCCUGUCGCGGCAGUGCAGCGCCAUCCAGCAGCUCCUGGGCAGCUGGAGGGACGUGGCCGCCUGCCCCCCGCCGCCGCUGCCCCCCGCUGCGGGCAGCCCCCGCUCCCCGCUGUCCCCCGAGCAGUUUGUGCGGCGCGCCGACGGGACGCCGGCCGACUACGACAGCCUGACGCUGGAGCUCUUCAUGCUGGGCUACUUCCGCAUCCUGGAGCGGGAGCUGCCCCCCGAGGAGCGCCGCGGCCGCCACCUGCUCUGCUUCGAGGUGUUCGACCACCUGGGCCGGCACGGCUGGGACACAGCGCGCGCCUUCCACCGCGCCGUCACCGACGAGAUCGCGGCCGGCCGGCGGGGCUGGGGGGACGGCUUCGAGGACAUCAAGGAGCGCUUCUUCGGCACCGCCAAGGGCUCGGCCUGGAGAGCGGGGGGAGCGGGGGGCAGCCCCCCGCAGAGCGCAGCCCGCCGUGGCCGCAGCAGCCAGGAGGAGAUCUGCAGGUGCAUCGACCGCAGCUUCGCCUUCUGGAAGGAGAAGGAGGCCGAGAUCUUCAGCUUCGAGGAGUGACGCCUCAUGACACCCGUGGACGCCCCCUCUGUGCUUCUCAAAGGGCCUCAAUAAAA